AUGUCAUACCGUGCGUGGAAGCAAGUAGAGAGAACCUUUGAAAGAUUGACUCAAGGGAAGAAUAGCAUUGAGGAGGAUCACCCCGCACAUGGGACCUUGCCAGAUCGCACUAGGAACGAGCUUAUCAGUGAGCCGUACGAAUAUGCAGCCCUAGCCGGCGGACCUGGCUCGAUCCGCCUUCUUCAGCUGCUCCCGGGAACCCGCCAGGACGAUAUCGCCUGCAACUUGGUUGAAUACUCGUUGGAUAGCCGGCUCCAGGAAUAUGACGCAUUAAGCUAUGUCUGGGGUGACAAAACUAAUCUGACGCCUAUACAAAUUAAUGAGCGCACCCUCAUGGUCACGACAAACCUCCGGACCGCCUUGUUCAAUAUCCGGAAGCCAGACCAGCCAUGCACGCUUUGGGUCGACGCUGUCUGCAUCGACCAGAACAGUGUACUGGAGAGAAACCACCAAGUGUCCAUCAUGGCAGACAUCUAUCGAAAUGCUGCUCGCACUAUCGUGUGGAUGGGAGACAGCCGUCCUGCGUACACAGCAAAGGCGUUCGCCAUGGUCGAUGAGCUCGCAGCUGAGGCCAUCUCUAGGCAACACCCUUCCAUGGACAUCGACCCCUACAAUCCGACUCUGGCAAUGCUGCAGCUGAAGCUCACAGAGAGCCCGCUCUUCGACCGCUUUAGAGACGACUUUAGCAUCCUCCACCUUGCCUGUGCCGAGUGGUGGUUCCGUGCCUGGACCGUUCAGGAAAUUCUCCUCGCGUCACACGCCGUGAUCAUGGCUGGCACUUUUACCAUGGACUGGGAACGCUUCUCGGCUGGUAUCAAUUACGGGUUUGCUCUUGGUAUUUGGAACCCCGUCACGCUUGGGAUAAUUGUCGAUCCCAUCGUGAUACCCUACCUGUCAACGCAUGCUUUGUGGGAGCAGAGGCAGCGCCCAUCGACUACGACGCCAGAGCAGACGUUGCUGGAACUACUGGUUCAAUGCCGUUUUCGACAAGCCUCGGAUCCCAGGGACAAGGUCUACGCCCUACUGGGGCUUAUAGACGCGGACGCAGACAACUCGGCUGGUUCCUUUGCGAUCGAGGCUGACUACAGACUGUCGACUAGCCAGGUGUACUGUCAUGCUACUCGGCAGCUGCUACUGCAAUUGGGUAACCUCAAUGUUCUUGGAGCAUGCACUCCAACUACCAACUUGGAGCUUCCAUCUUGGGUGCCCGACUGGAGUGCACCAAGCGGCCCUCGCCCUCUCAUGCAUGACGCUCGAGGAAAAUUGCGUCAGACUCACGCCUCUUGCGGCACCAAGGCGACACCACGCUUCACCGACGACCGUCUCCUCGUGCUCGCUGGCCACGAGGUGAUGACCAUCACAUAUGUCUCACCCGUCCUGCAUCGCCUCCAACGAGACGGCAGCGGCUUCAAGCCUAUCAAGGCGGGCGAUACACUUAUGGCGCGCUUGGCCUCUCUGGGCCAGCUAUUUAUGCUCGUCAUGGCAAUCUAUUGGGAGCUGUCGUCGGUUGUCCCGCACCUGGCCACCUUCUGGGACUGGGAGGCAUUUGCGCAGAAGUCUUCAGUAUCGUCAAAGAGCAGCCAGGAUACGCCGUCCACUGACCCAGGGUUUGAGGACGGCUACGACCCGCUCGCCGUCUACUGGCAGACGCUCUGUGUGGGUACCUUUACCUCUGGUGGCCGACACGCGACGGCCCAGCUCUUUUACUCGUGGCGAUCCAGUCUGCGACCCGUUUUCCACUUGCAUCAAUGGCGUGUGGAUAGCUUGUUUCGUCCCUUGGCCUUUCUGGGGUAUGUGAUGCGCACGUGGCGUGACUAUAGCGAGUUUGCUAGCUUGCUGGAGCCCGUGUACGAACGACGACUGGGACGUGGCGAGAAUGGGUUUUUGGCUCUGCUCCCGGGAGACGCUGAGGUGGGAGAUAGGAUUGUGCUUGUGAAGGGUGGGAGAGUGCCUUUGUUACUGAGGAGAGAUGGAGAGGGGCAGUAUCGGCUUGUAGGGGAGGCGUAUGUGCAUGGGAUCAUGGAUGGGGAGAUGUUUGAGGAGGCGAAGUGUGUUGAGAUGAAGAUGAGGUAA